AUGGAUAUGGGCUCAAUGAACAUGACCCAUUCUCCGUCCUCGAACGGCACCAGCAUGGGCGACAUGAUGAUGAUGAAGGCUUACCUUCAUUUUGGCGGCGGCGACGCCCUCCUCUUCAAGACAAUCGCACCCUCCUCUGCAGGCGCCAUCUUUGGUGCUUGUCUCAUCCUGUUCCUCAUUGCCGUUGGAGAACGCUGGAUUUUGGCUAUUUCCCGUCGUUUCGCCAAAGCACGAGUCGUUCGGUCCCAGCGUCUUCUUCAGAACUAUGUUUUCGAUGGCAAACCCGCUGACGGAGAACAGUCUUCUAGUCCUACUCCCUUUAUCCUUUCACACGAACUCGGACGCGGUUUCCUUGCGGGUCUUCAAGUGACCUUGCACUAUCUGUUGAUGCUUGUCGUGAUGACAUUCAACGCGGCAUUCAUCAUCAGUGUAAUUCUCGGAGUCGUUGCGGGGGAAAUUGCUUUUGGACGAUUGUAUCGCUAG